UGGGGCUACUUUUCCAGAGACUCUGAUCCCACAAAGACUGCACUGGGAACUGGGGUCAUUGCUGGUUUCUCCCAUCCCCAGUGUGACCUCUGAGAAGGACAGGUCCAGGAGUAGCUGGGAGGAUAGUCUGCUGGGCACCCCAUGUGUGUCAGGGGUCCAUACCAUGCUCUUCCUGUUCCCCAUCUUUGAGGGAACCAGGAUUGUCCACUAGCGAACCUAGUAGGCCAGGAUGAAAACCUCCCUUAAAGACUGCAGAGCCCUCGGAACUACAUUACCCAGAAAUACCUGCGACAUCUUGAACCAAUGACAGGUCAAAAUAUCAUUUCUGUGUGAUGUUACUCUUGGGGCGGGACAUUUGGUGUCCUCGUGGCGGGCAUUUUUUCGGUUCCCCAGGAUCCUCUGGACAGAAGUGACAGGAAUCAAGUAGGCACAAAAGGGUCUUCAUUCCCGCCACAUAGACUCGAUUGUGAGUCUCUGCUAAGACGCCGGGUGACCCCCCUUGGGCCGGAACAGGGACCGCCUGCUCUCCCUCCGCCCACAGAGUCCGAUGGCAGCGACCACGCUGAGGCCCCCAGCUGAGGAUCCUGUGACCUUUAAUGAUGUUGCUGUGUACUUCUCCUGGGAGGAAUGGAGGCUCCUUGAUGAGGCCCAGAGACACCUGUACCACGAUGUGAUGCUGGAUAACUUUUCACUGACAUCCUCUGUGGGUUGCUGCUGUGGAGCUGAGGAUGUAGAAGCACUCACUGAACAGAGUGUUUCUGUAGGAGUGUCACAGUCCAGCACGUCUGAGGCAGCUCUGUCUUCCCAGCAGACCCACUUCUGUGAGAGUUGUGGUCCAGUCUUGAGAGACAUAUUUCAGUUGGCUGAGCACCAAGGAACACCACACAGCCAUAAAGUGUGCAGGUGUUGGAUAUGUAUGAAGCUAUUUUAUUUUAGUGCAAACUUCCAAAAACACCAGAAGCAGCACCUGGGAGAGAAACCCUUCAGAAGCAGUGUGGACAGGGCCCUGUUUGUGAAGAGCUAUAAAUCCCAUGUUUCAGAGAAGCCCUUUACCUGUGGUGAAGUUGACAAAGACUUUCUGGCCACCUCAGACCAUCUCCAGCAGCAAACCACUCCCACAAGGGAGGAGUCCAACAAAACUACACAGUGCUGGGCAACUGUACAAAAGAGAAAAACUUAUUUCACCUGGGGAGAAUGUAAGGCAGCCUUCUGCCCCAGAAACACACGUGCUCAGGACCAGGAUGUCCACACUGGAAUACAGUGUUUUGUGUGCCAUGAAUGUGGGAAAGAAUUCAUAUAUCAGUCCUCAUUAAUUGUUCACCAGAGAGUUCACACAAGUGAAAGGCUUCAUGUGUGUGGUGAAUGUGGCAAGUCUUUUAGGCAAACCUCAACCCUCAAUCAGCAUCGAAGAAUUCAUUGUGGACCAAGGCAGUACAAGUGCAGCAAAUGUGGGAAGUCCUUUAACCAAAAAUGUGUCCUCAUUUAUCCCUGGAGAAGCUAUAUUGGAAAAAAAUGUGGCUUGUGCCGUGAAUGUGUGCAGUCUUUUAGCCAUCGAUCCAUCCUUAUUCGACAACGGACAGUUCACUCUGGGGAAAGGCGUUAUGAGUGCACACGGUGUGGGAAAUCCUUUAGAAAAAAGUUUUACCUCAUCAUACAUUGGAGAGUGCACACUGGAGAAAGACCUUAUGAGUGCAGUGAGUGUGGGAAAUCUUUUACCAGUAGUUCAGUAUUUAUUCUACACCGGAAAGUACAUACAGGAAAAAGGCCUUUUGAGUGCAGUAAAUGUAGGAAAUCCUUUACCAGUAGUUCAAUACUCAUUCUACACCAGAGAGUACACACAGGAGAAAGACCUUAUGAGUGCAGUGAAUGUUGGAAAUCUUUUAGCCAUCAAUCUUACCUCAGUCAACAUCGGAUAAUUCAUAAGCAAAGGAAGUCUUAUGGAUGUAGUAAAUGUGGGAAAUCUUUUACCUCUCGCCCUGGCCUUCGUUAUCAUGAGAGUAUUCACAGUGGAUCUAGGUCUUAUGUGUGUAGUGAAUGUGGGAAAUCUUUUACCUCUCGCCCUGGCCUUCGUUACCAUCUGAGAGUUCACACUGGAAAAAGGCCUUAUAAGUGCAGUGACUGUGGGAAAUCUUAUAGCCAAAGGUCCAAUCUCAUUCAACAUCAGAGAGUUCACACAGGUGAAAGGCCUUAUCAGUGCAGUGAAUGUGAGAAAUGUUUUACCUCUAGCUCUGCCUUUCAUUAUCAUAAAAAAGUUCACACUGGAGAAAGGCCUUAUCAGUGCAGUGAAUGUGGGAAAUCUUUUUUAUCUGGUUCCAACCUUAGUAAUCAUGAAAGAGUACACACAGGAGAAAGACCUUUUGAGUGCAGUGAAUGUGGGAAAUCAUUUAUUCAAAGACAUCAUCUUCUUCUACACCAGAGAGCUCACACAGGAGAAUUGCCUUAUCAUUGUAGUGAAUGUGGGAAAUCGUUUUCAGCUGGUUCCAACCUUAGUAAUCAUCAGAGAGUUCACACUGGAGAAAGACCUUAUGAAUGCAGUGCAUGCGGGAAGUCCUUUAUCCAAAGGCAUCACCUCAUUACACACCAGAGAGUUCACACAGGAGAAAGGCCAUAUCGGUGCAAUGACUGUGGGAAAUCUUUUGCGUCUGGAUUUAACCUCAGAAAUCAUCACAGAGUUCAUACCGGAGAAAGGCCUUAUGAGUGCACUGAAUGUGGAAAAUCCUUUAUCCAAAAGUGUUAUUUUCUUAUACACCUGAGAGUUCACACAGGAGAAAGGCCUUAUGAAUGUAAUGUAUGUGGGAUAUCUUUUACCACUAGGAGGAAACUUCGUUAUCACCAGGGAGUUCACACUGGGGAAGGGCCUUAUGAGUGCCAUGAAUGUGGGAAAUCUUUUACCUCUAGUUAUGCCCUCCGUGAUCAUCAGAGAGUUCAUACAAGCAAAAGGCCUUAUGAAUGUACUGAAUGUGGGAAAUCCUUUAGAGCUAAUUCUUACCUCAUUGAACACUGGAGAGUUCACACUGGAGAAAAGCCUUAUCAAUGUAGAGAAUGUGGGAAAUCUUUUUCAUCAGGCUCUGGCCUUCGUUAUCAUCAGAGUGUUCACACUGGGUUAAGGCCUUAUGAGUGUAGUGAAUGUGGGAAAUCUUUUCCCAAGAGCUCAGCACUUGUUCGACAUCGAAGAACUCACACAGGAGAAAGGCCUUAUGUGUGCAGUGAAUGUGGGAAAUCGUUUAUCCAAAGACAUCACCUUCUUGUCCACCAACGAGUUCACACAAGAUUAAAGGCUUAGGAUUGUAGUGAACUCAGGAAAUCUUUUAAGGAUACUUCCAGUCCAAUUAACUAGAUAGUUCACACUGGAGAAAGGUGUUUGAUUGCAAAAAUGUGGGAAAUCAUUUAGCCAUAAAUCUUACCUUUCCUAACACGUGAGUCUUCAUAUUGGUGAAAGGUCUUACGAGUGUAGUGAGUGGAGGAAAUGUUUUACCUGUAUCUCUGGUGUUUAUUAUUAUCAGAGAGUUUACCCAGGAUGAAGGCAUUAUAGUGUACCAAAUGUAAAAGGUCUUUUGCCCAUAGUUUGACAGUCUUUCACUACCCAAGAGUUCACCCAGGAGAAUGACCCUAUGAGUGCAUGGAAUGUGGGAUUUUCUUUUUCCAAAUAAGUUACCUUAUUAUACAGUGGAAUUUAUACUGGAGAAAGAUUUUAGA